UGAAGGUCCACUUCUCCUGGAGCCAGGGCCUCCGCAGCCGCGCAGCAGCCCAACCCAGCUAGCAGGAUUCCCCCAAGCUGAGAUUUUUUGACUUGGCUUCCUCACACCCGCUUCCGCCCCCCACCAGAGGGUGGCCGUCCAAAGCCGGACCUUGCCCCCUCCCUGGGACCAUGGUGCUUCUCUCUGAAAAUGCUUCCGAAGGCUCCAACAGCACCCAUCCGCCAGCACCAGUGAACAUUUCUAAGGCCAUUCUGCUUGGGGUGAUCUUGGGGGGCCUCAUCAUUUUCGGAGUCCUGGGGAACAUUUUAGUGAUCCUCUCGGUGGCCUGUCAUCGGCAUCUGCACUCGGUGACUCACUACUACAUUGUCAACCUGGCUGUGGCAGACCUCCUUCUCACCUCCACCGUGCUGCCCUUCUCUGCCAUCUUUGAGAUCCUGGGCUACUGGGCCUUUGGCAGGGUGUUCUGCAACAUCUGGGCGGCGGUGGACGUCUUAUGCUGCACAGCGUCCAUCAUGGGCCUCUGCAUCAUCUCCAUCGACCGAUACAUUGGUGUGAGCUACCCGCUACGCUACCCCACCAUUGUCACCCAGAGGAGGGGCGUCAGAGCUCUGCUCUGCGUCUGGGCGCUUUCCUUGGUCAUCUCCAUCGGACCCCUGUUCGGCUGGAGGCAGCCGGCUCCGGAGGAUGAGACCAUCUGCCAGAUCAAUGAGGAGCCAGGCUACGUGCUGUUCUCAGCACUGGGCUCUUUCUAUGUGCCACUGGCCAUCAUCCUGGUUAUGUACUGUCGAGUCUACGUAGUAGCCAAGAGAGAAAGCCGGGGCCUCAAGUCUGGCCUCAAGACCGACAAGUCAGACUCGGAACAAGUGACGCUCCGUAUCCACCGUAAAAAUGUCCCUGCAGAAGGCAGCGGAGUAAGCAGUGCCAAGAAUAAGACUCACUUCUCCGUGAGGCUACUCAAGUUUUCCCGAGAGAAGAAAGCCGCCAAGACGCUGGGCAUAGUGGUGGGUUGCUUCGUCCUCUGCUGGCUACCAUUCUUCCUCGUGAUGCCCAUUGGGUCCUUCUUCCCGAAUUUCAAGCCUCCAGACACCAUUUUCAAAAUAGUAUUUUGGCUCGGGUACCUAAAUAGUUGCAUCAACCCUAUCAUAUACCCAUGCUCCAGCCAGGAGUUCAAGAAAGCUUUUCAGAAUGUCCUGCGAAUCCAGUGUCUUCGCAGAAGGCAGUCUUCCAAGCAUGCCCUGGGCUACACCCUGCACCCGCCCAGCCAGGCUCUAGAAGGACAGCAAAGAGACAUGGUGCGUAUCCCGGUGGGCUCGGGAGAGACUUUCUAUAAGAUCUCCAAGACAGAUGGAGUCUGUGAAUGGAAGUUUUUCUCUUCCAUGCCCCAGGGAUCGGCCAGGAUUACCGUGCCGAAGGACCAAUCUGCCUGUACCACAGCCCGGGUGAGAAGUAAAAGCUUUUUGCAGGUCUGCUGUUGUGUGGGGUCCUCAACCCCCCGCCCUGAAGAAAAUCACCAAGUUCCAACCAUUAAGAUCCACACCAUCUCCCUCGGUGAAAACGGGGAGGAAGUCUAGAGGAUGGGAAAGGUCACAGGAAAAGGGAUGACACUAGGGCUUUUAUCCAUGAAACCACCUGUGCGACAGACAGAGCCCUAUUGGAACACCUCACCUACUCUGGGCCUCCAAACUAAUGCAGAAGAGCUGGGCUGAGGCCGCAUCUUCCAAAAGCCAUGGCAACAGUGACUUCUUGCCUUCCAAGGUCCCUGCAGGAUGAAGGAGUGAACAUGACUGUUGGGGCCCUGGGCUGGGAAGCAAGCUAGGAUUUCAGCAUACAAUGCCAGCCUCUUGGGCAAAAGUGCCAUUGGCAGGAUCUCCUUCAUGUUUCCCAGCCCCUAUGUCAUCCGAGUGAGCUGAGAAAGAGGCUUACCUGCUCUCUGCAAGAGAAUGUCAUGGUUCCAACCACCACUGCUGAACCUACAAAGGCCAUGGGAGCAGCAGGGAGCAUUGAGGGGAAGAUCGGCCGAAGCUGUGGCUCAAAGCAGGGAGGUUUAGUCACGCUUUCCGGAGAUUGAUAAGCAAGGAACUGCCCUGAAACUGUGGAGGUUUAUUCAUUUCAAAGAGCAAAAUAAUGGCCUUUCUUUCAUGUGGCUUAGGAGUCCUUACCAUACUGUCCCUGCAGCACACUCAGAGCCAUCUCACUAUAAGCUGGAGGUGAUGAUUUGUUAAGCCAUGAAAAUACAGACUUAGGUGGAAAAAAAUCUUAGCGCAACUCAGCACUGGAUUUAGAGAAAAGAAUACAAUGAGCAUCCUGAUCUCUGCAGGCUGAAUAAAAUAAGUGAGUGUGGAAGUCAUGGGGAAGCAGCUCAGACCGAAAUCCCAGUAUGAAUUUCAUUUAAUGGGUACUGCCACAUACUUAGCAAAUCUUUUUUCAGCUCACUCCUGUGUGGGAGAAGGCAAAGGAAGGGUUGUUUGUUUGUUUGUUUGUUUUUAUCUACCUUUGGCAUGUGAAGAAGUAGAAGUUAUGAGUCAAGGACUUCUUUGAACACCCUCAUAUUUAAUCUGUAUCAGUGAUGCUUCCAUGUCCCCACCAGUGUCCAACAAUGGGGACGAACUUGUAGUCCAUGGCCACCCGUUCUGGUUUUCUUGGCUAACAGACAGACACGUGCCAUUUUGUUCUUUCUCCAUAGAUAAGCUGCUACAAAACCAGGGAAAUAGUCAGGGCACUAGUUGAUUUGCUCAGUAGGGUGACACGUAAAGACAAAGCCAGCUGUGACUAUCACGCUAAGGUCCUUAGGAACACAAAGGCUUCAAAGGGAACUUGUGGGCCAUUGGGCACACUCUG